GUUCAUGAACAUCGCGUUAAUUCAAUUCUUGAUCGUUUUGUUUGCGGCAAAUGUCUUGGAAGCCACGGAACUGAAUGUAAUGGACAAAUGCUGGAGACCAAACCCGCAUUGGCGUAGAAGCCGCAAUCAGCUGGCGCGGUGUUCGGUCGGAUUUGUCAGAAAAAUGAUGGGAAAUAUCGGAAAAGGAGUCACACAAUACAAAGUAACCGACCCUUCUGAUGAUCCUUUAGACCCUAAACCUGGAACCCUAAGAUCCGGAGCAACGCUCGUCAAAGGUAAAAAAUGGAUUACAUUCAAAAGAAACAUGAAGAUCAAUCUUCAUAAACCAUUACUAAUCAGCAGCUUCACGACACUCGACGGUCGUGGUGUGAGCGUUCACAUCUUGGGUCCGGCUUGUCUCAUAGUCUACAAAGCUACCGAUGUGAUCAUUCAUGGGCUUAAGAACCAUGAUUGCAAUUGGAGGAAGCAUGAGCCCUCGCGUGAAAAGCGAAUCAAACUAUUUUGUCGCACCAAAAUCCGGAUGCAAAGAGGUGCAUUUCACAAUCGUAAUCACGAAACA